AUGCGACGAGGAAAAGAACUUGCUUCUCUUUUACUCGGCACAAUUGAGAGAACAACGGAGACGAGGCGCCUUAAAAUCCGUUCAGAUUCAAGUCGUGAUUGUCUUGCCGACUUAAAGCUCUCCCGACGAGCACGCCGCGACCAGAACAAGCUCCUCAAGAGCUUAAAGCUCUUCUCACGCGCCUCAGUUCAAAGUUCAUCUCGUCUCAUCUCGUCAUCCGCCAGAGUCAGAAUGGUAUACGCAUUCAAACUCUCCACCGGCACCAAGCGACAUAGCACCGAUUUCGGUACAAACAUCACGGGUCGGAUUGCUGCACUCAAUCGGUUCAUCUCUAGAUCCACCGACAAGUGUCUAACAUUCUACGAUCUCCUGCGAGGGAAUAAGAAGUUUAUCUGGGAUGAGAAGUGCGAGGAGGCACUUGCUCAACUCAAACAGUAUCUGACCACGCCACCUGUACUCGCCAAGCCGAAUGUCGGCGACGUUCUAUCUCUUUACGUCGCGGUAUCCCCCGAAGCAGUCAGCAGCGUUUUGAUAAAGGAAGACCGCAGAAAACAAAAACCAAUCUUCUACACAAGCAGACGUAUGACAGGACCGGAAACGCGAUACCCGACUCUGGAGAAAAUGGCACUGGCCGUCGUCGAAGCAGCAAGAAAGCUUCGCCCGUAUUUUCAGUCACAUUCGGUGGAUGUACUAACCGCCCAGCCCCUCCGAACAAUACUUCAGAACACCAACAGGUCCGGGAGGUUAAGGAAGUGGGCCAUCGAACUCAUUGAACUUGAUAUCACUUACAUGAACCGAACGGCGGCAAAGUCCCAGGUUCUUGCAGAUUUUUUAGUAGAACUGGCCCCGGAACUGGAGCAAGACCUCGCACUCCCGAACCCAAACUGGACCCUUCAUGUCGACAGAUCCUCGACUUACAAAGGCGCGGGGGCCGGAGUCCAACUACAGUCCCAGACCGGAGAACUGAUCAGACAGUCUUUUAGCUUCGGCUUCCCGGUGUCGAACAACGAAGCAGAAUACAAAUCUCUAAUCGCCGGACUCCACUUAGCAAAAGUUGUUAAGGCUAAACGUUUAAGCGCCUACUGUGAUUCACAACUAGUCGCUAGUCAGUUUAGCGGCGACUACGACGCCCGCAACGACCGAAUGGACGCUUACCUCAAGAUAGUCCAAGGUUUAGCAGCAGAGUUCGAAUUCUUCGAACUCAUUAAAGUUCCCAGAGGGGAAAACGUCUGCGCUGACGCCCUCGCAGCCCUUGGCAGCAAGCUCCGAGAUCAGGUUAAACGAACCAUCCCAAUACACCGCACUGAAAAGCCAAGUAUCGAUAUCUCGACCGACCAAAUGGUCAUCGUAGCCCCAGUCACCGCACCAGAUACUGACGGGUUCGACCCGGACUGGAGAACAGAGUUCAACGAUUACCUCAGCAAAGAGGAACACCCAGCCGAGAAAUGGGAGGCACGCCGGCUAAAAGCACACAGUGCUCAUUACGUCGUCUUAGACGAUGAACUCCAUCGAUGGACCGCGAGUAAAGUGCUCCUUAAAUGCAUUCAUGGGGACGAAACCCUCAGGGUUUUGGCCGAGACACAUGAAGGCGCCGGAGGCAACCACUCAGGCGGUCGCGCCUUGGCAAUCAAAGUAAGAAGUAUAGGCUUCUUCUGGCCGACAAUGAACGCAGAUUGCGAAUCCUACACGAGAAGUUGCGACAAAUACCAGAGGCGCACACCAAGUAUCCACUGCCCAACUGAAAUGUUACGAACGACAACAGAACCUUAUCCGUUCAUGCGAUGGGCAAUGGACAUCAUAGGACCUCUUCCCAGUUCUCGACAACGACGUUUUGUUCUAGUCCUCACCGACUACUUCACGAAAUGGAUUGAAGCCGAGGCCUUCGCUCAAGUCACUGACAAAGAAGUCCGCGGCUUCGUAUGGAUGAACAUUAUCUGCCGCCAUGGUCUGCCUUACGAUAUUGUCACUGAUAACAGAUCGCAAUUCAUGUCGGGCAACUUCAAGGAAUGCUGCAGCAAGUGGAACAUCUGA